AUGUACUCCCAAUCCGUUCACGCAGAGACCUCCCUCCAGGCUCUCUUUGCGUUCAUCAAAGCCAAUCCUCUCGGUGUGCUCACCACCGCCAUCCCAUCCAGUGCCAACCCACUCAUUCAGUCCACACAUAUCCCAUGGGUUCUGGAUGCCUACACCGACGACCCCACAGCCCCCGUCAAGGGUCGUCUACGCGGCCACAUGGCCCGACAAAAUCCCCAAUCCAAGUCCAUGAUCGAGGCGUGCACCGAGUCCGGCACAAACCAGCUUCAGCAGGAGGUGAUGAUUCUUUUCACGGGAGCUGACCACCACUACGUGACGCCCAAGUUCUACACCGAGACAAAGCCCACGUCGGGCAAGGUCGUGCCGACGUGGAACUAUGCCGCCGCCCAGAUCUAUGGCAAGGCGACCGUCUACUAUGACUCAUCCGCCUCGGAGACGUCCGACUUUCUCUCACAGCAACUUCAUGAUCUGUCACAGCACUGCGAAACUUGUAUCAUGGGAUUCACGGGGACCGAUGGGAAGUCGGGUCCGUGGGAAGUGUCUGAUGCUCCGGAGCGAUACAUUGAUCUGAUGAAGAAAGCCAUCAUUGGGAUUGAAGUGACCAUAGAGCGCAUUGAUGGGAAAGUCAAGAUGAGUCAGGAGAUGUCAGCGGGGGAUCGCCAGGGAGUCGUGCACGGAUUCAAGAGUCUAGAAUCGGAUGUGGGGGGUCGUAUUGCUGCGCUCGUGGAGGAAUGUGGAAUGAAGAAGGACUCUCAAAAGAGUAGUCGGUGA